UAUGAGUGACGCAAUCGCUACUGGAUUUCAGUCAUGAAAAAAAUGUGAUAACAAUUGGAUGUGUURUGUGUUKGGYUCAUGUAUUCAGUGGACACCGGCUUAUGGAUCAAACAAAACUGACACACGUGUGUGUGUUAUUCAUUAUAUGUAUUUAUUAGUACUAAUUAUGAUAUGUCCGACCCAUUUGACUAAUGGGUUAGAGUUUGUGUAUGUAAUGUAAUGUACAGCACAUGUAUUGUCAACUUUUACUGUAGAGUUGACUAUUGAAUGACUAUUAAGGGAAAGGCUUAUCACUUACACAGUGUAAGCCCACAGUUAACUCCUAUAUAUGUUAUGCAAUGUAUUACUGAAUGUAUAUAAAUGAGUGAAUGUAAUGCAAUAUACAGUAUAUGAGACAAUCGAUCACUGGAUGUAUGGCAUUGAAUACUUCAAUGUCUUCAAUGUUUUAAAGUCAUUAUUAUUARAGAAAAAAAACAAUACAAAUAUUGCAAUUAUCGCCACAUUUGAUGACAGCUUAAGCACAUUCAUCACUGAAUUAUUCAAUAACUCAUUGAUUGUCUGCUUAUUAUCCAACAGUAAGUGACAUCACAUCACAUCCCAUCGGAUCCAUUUAGAGUUUGUGAAGACAUUCCGAUAUAUGUGAAGACAUGGACUCAAUUGAGACACAAAUAAAACGACUGUUGAAGAGUCAGACCGUCGACGACGACGAAACAGACAAUGAAAUUAUUUGCGACUAUUCGUUGACACAUCAACUCAAAGAAUUAGCGGCCAAAGGAGUGGAGACAUCAAUGACUGGUGAAGUGACGCCAGUCAUCGGCGAAACGGUAACUUAUAUAGCGGCUGCUGUAGUGGUCAACGAACACAAUGAAGUACUUAUGAUGCAAGAGGCCAAAAGCAAAUGUGCCGGUCAGUGGUAUUUGCCCGCCGGUAGAGUUGAACCGAAUGAACAGAUUGCCGAAGCAGUCAAACGAGAGGUGGCCGAAGAGACUGGACUUGAUUUUGAACCGACAACACUGUUGAUGGUUGAGUGUACUUCAGGAAUUUGGUUUAGGUUUACAUUUACCGGUCGUGUUGUCGGCGGUCAGCUCAAGAGUGUAGCCCAAGCGGACAAAGAGUCACUUCAGGCUCAGUGGGUAUCCGAUAUCGGAUCACUGAGCCUUCGGUCUAAUGAUUGUUUGCGUUUGAUUGAAAUCGGCAAACAAUAUAAGCAGAAUCGGGAUGUGUGGCACAGAUCACAAUUAGUUUGCAUCCGAUCGCAUAAUCAGAUGCUUAUGAGAGUUGUUUGUGCCAUCAGAAGGAAAGAAAAUAAUCGACUUCAUAUAUUGGUCUCYGAGAAGACAUCACCACAUAUACCGGUGUGCGAAAUAAGUCCACAACGUAGUGUUCACGCGGCUCUCAAACGAUUUAUGCAGAAUAUAUUCAAAGACAAUCAACCGGAGCACAAACCGGUGGGCGUAUUGACUGUCGAACACAAUGGAAUUCCCGAACGACAACACGAUGGCCUGUGUUUGACUAUAUUAGUCAUAUUUCGGGUACCUCUGGAAGAGGCCGUCCCGACCAACGAUUACACUUGGCUACAGGUGGAGCCCGAACUCGAGGGUCUGAUUAUUAGCCGAACYGCCAAAUAUAAGACAGUGAAUCUAUUCAAUAAAUAACUCAUUUUYGGACUCAGAUUGUAUUAGUAUUUAAACCACAAUUUGAUACAAAAUUUUGUCUCUUUUGUGUAUUAUGAACACACAUUUCCAUUACUUAAUCUAUUUAUUGAUAACUAUUUAUAAGAUUUAAUCGAUAAUUUAACAAAUGUUUUGUUUUUCAUAAUUUUUGACACAAUUUAUAUUAGUGUAUAAGUUAAUUAAUUUUUAUAACUUAUUUAUAUUAAAACUUUAAGCACAAUUUGGUUACACAUAUUUUUGUGAAUAGGUUCCAGUUUAGUAUUUAUUAAUAAGAUUUCUGUGUUAAUUUGUUGUAAAUUUUGUAGGAUAUUUGACUAUCUAUGGAUAAUUACUUAUAUAUCUAUUAUAACUAUUAAAUURCAUAGUUUUUUGUAUUA